AUGAAUCCCCCAUCGCCUCGCCCGUUGACAUCGAUGCCGAUCGUCGAUUCCACGGGCCUGGCCCCACCUCUCGGCCCGUUCCCAGACUCACAAGCCUUUGCAGCUUUUCGCGCCAUCGAGCAACAGCCUCUUCAAAAUGUCACCCAAGCUCAGCAUGCAAUGGCCUUGCAGAACAAUGGCCAUAUCCCUCCGCAUCCGCAUCAGGGCAUUAUGAUGCUUCAAUCGGAGCAGGCUCUGCAACAGGGUAAUUAUGGAGCUUUGGAACCUGAAGAAGCAGAACCGACGAAUUUCGCGGGUCACCUCACGGGGAUGAGGCUGGUUCCUAAUCCCCCUGACUUGGAAUUCUGGAGGGAUCGGUUAUUUAAUGUGGAUGAUGUGAUUACUUUAACUGAAGAACAUUCGAUAAUACGCGUCGAUGUAUGGCUAAUUUGUCCGGUCUCUAGGUUCCAGGUCUACUUUCCACAUGUUGAUAAUGUCUACUCACAUCGCUCUAGCCAGAGAUAUAAGCGUCGGCCAAUGGUCUCCCACUACUGGGACUGUCGAUUAAAAGGUCGACCGCCAGGAACGCCGAAGUCCGACGACCCGACUAAAAAGAAGCGCAAGCGCACUGCCAGAGAGCGCGAUCUCUGCGACGUCAAGAUCAAAAUCACGGAGUACCUACCUGGCAACGGCGAGGUUGAUGCAAGUGGCGGGUUUGAAUCUCUACCAGCUGAGCUGCUGCCCGGGGUGCAUACGCUGUUUCCAAUUCAAAAUGGACAGAACUUUGCGCUCGCGACAACUCCUGCUCUGCCUGAAGGUCAUCCUGGUACAAAUGGCCAGAGAUACUUUACUAUCCAGAGGGUGAAUGGGAACGGCGCCAAUGGGAAGAAUGAUGGAGUAAGUGGUGGACAUCGACAUACGCUCGAAGAGAGUGAUCGCGUCAAAAAGAAUAGUGUUCACCGACACUUUUUUAAGGAUAAUAAAGAUAGGAAAAAGGGGAAUCGCGGCAUGUCUAACGGCAAUAAAGCUUACCAUACAAAAGCAACCGGCCUAGCUGCCACAACAGCUGCAAGGCACUCGGCGGAGACCAAUCUUCAGUUGUAUGGUAGCUGUUUCUGUCCUUUCGUCCAACGAGUUUGGAUUGCGCUGGAGCUCAAAGGCAUUCCAUACCAGUAUAUAGAAGUGGAUCCAUAUGAGAAGCCUCAAUCCUUGUUGGAAGUCAAUCCUCGCGGUCUGGUUCCAGCAUUACGCCAUGAUGAUUGGGGAUGCUAUGAGAGCACAGUUCUCAUGGAAUAUCUCGAGGACCUCAACGUCGGAAUGCCCCUUCUUUCAAACGAUGCAAAGCUGCGUGCUCAUUGUCGAUUGUGGGCAGAUCAUAUCAACCGAAAAAUAGUUCCAACAUUUUACCGGGUGCUGCAAGAACAGGACCAGCAAAAGCAGAUCGAAAAUGCUCAAGAAUUGCGAGACGCUCUUGAUCAGUUGAUCACGGCGGCGCAUCCCCAUGGGCCAUUUUUCAUGGGCGCGCAAAUAUCCUUUGUAGAUAUUCAGGCUGCGCCUUGGAUCAUCCGCCUUAGCAGGGUCCUAAAGCCCUAUCGAGGCUGGCCAGAUGCCGAGGACGGCAGUAGAUGGGGAUCUUGGGUAAAUGCCAUUGAGACUAAUGAGCAUGUUCGAGCAACGACCAGCACAAACGAGCUUUACCUCGAAAGUUAUGCACGAUAUGCCGAGAACCGCCCAAACACAUCCCAGGUUGCAAAUGCAAUCAAUUCAGGACGCUCCCUUCCCUGA